UUUGUUCUAACUUUCGAAAUAAGAAAAAAAAAAAGGAUAUGGACAAACAUUUCGAUCCAAACCCUAGACCGGACGAAACCCUAAAAGAAGAAACGCGUGCGCGAGCCAUAAGGAUAGCAAACGCGGUGGCAUUCCCAAUGGCUCUGAAAGCCGCCUUCCAACUCGGAGUCAUCCAAACACUCUCGGCGGCCGGUGAAGGCGCCUGGCUCUCGCCUUCCGAUAUCGCGCGUGCGCUUCCCACCAGACCCACUAACCCACAGGCCCCGAUGUUGUUGGACCGGAUGCUCCGGGUGCUCACCAGCUAUGAGAUAGUCAAGUGCCGUACCGGUAUGGUUCAAGCCGGAGAGACAGGACCGGUUUACGCAGCUGACCCGGUUUGCCGGUUUUUUCUGAAUGCCGAUGGAGAAUCGGGCUCACUCGAGCCAUUAUUCAUGCUGCUCCACUGCGAUGUGGUGUUCAAGGCUUGGAACAAUCUGAAGGAUAUGAUACAAGACGGAAGAGAUGCAUUUAUCUCUGCUCAUGGCACGAGAUUCUUUGAAUACGAAGGCACGAAUUAUGAAGGCUUCGGCGAACUGUUUAACCGGGCUAUGUCCGAAUCCACUGUCAUGAACGUCAAGAACGUUCUAGAAGUUUAUCGCGGAUUCGAAGAUGUAAAUGUGUUGGUGGAUGUCGGAGGAGGAAUCGGUACCGGUUUGGCCAUCAUUAUUUCAAAGUAUUCGAAGAUCAAGGGGAUUAAUUUCGACUUAGCCGGUGUUUUAGCCAACGCUCCCCCUCAUCCUGGGGUUGAGCAUGUGGUGGGAGAUAUGUUUGUAGAUAUUCCCAAAGGAGAUGCCAUCUUCAUGAACCGCAUACUUCAUAGUUGGACCGACGAAGAUUGUUUGAAGAUUCUUGAAAACUGUCGGAAAGCGCUCACCGAUACGGGCAAAGUGAUAAUGAUGGAACUGGUCAGUCCGGACCGGCCGGGACGAGACGUCUACUCGAACAUUAUACUCGACUACGACAUGCUGAUGUUGUCGCAAUGCUCGGGAGCCAAAGAGAGGACAAAAGCCGAGUUUGAAGAGUUAGCCUUCGGUUCAGGUUUCAUCCAUUGCGAGUUCGUGUGUUGUUCUUCUCCUUAUUGGGUUAUUGAAUUUCGUAAAGAAGCAAACGCUUGAAUGUUAGCAUUAUUUUCUUUGAAUAACACAAAGUAUUUUGGU